AUGUGCUCGACUUCUGGGGCGGAAAAUGUGGCAAGUUCUUCUGGAAUCAAUUUGAGAUCAUCAUUCAUAGGGAUGGGUUUCGCGCCAUCGCUUGUCAACAAAGUCAUUGAGGAAAAUGGUGAGCAGAAUGCUGAGUCAUUAUUGGAGAUUCUCUUCACAUAUUCCGAUCUUCAGCAACCAAAGUCAGAGUUUUCUGAUGAUUGUUUCUUGAGCGGUGGCAAUGAUUGUUUAGCUGCAAACCUUGCAAGCGAGGCUUUUCAUAAAUCCGAGUCAUCAGAUUCUCUAGACAGCUUGUUCGGCAAAGAUACAGAUAUGAAUGCCUACCGCGAGGCCGAUUCUCACGUGAAAAUGGUAUCUUUUAAAUUCUCUUUUCUAAUGUGUUCAUUCAGACACGAUAAGCGAACUUUAUACUAAAUCUCUCUUUUUAAUCAACUGAUCAAGUAGGUUUUGGUCUGGUGCAGCACUGUUUGUGUUCUUUUGUGCUUGUUCUUCAUCCUGUUAAUUUUCUUUAAAAAGUUCUGUUUUAAUGGACUGAUGUUGUCACAACCUUAAUUUCCUGCUCCUAUAAAAGCAGUUUACCCAUUUCCUUUAUCGUGACAUAAAUAUGUCUAUUGGUUAAACUAAUUGUCAGCUGCAGUAUUGGGCAAGGUUAUGUAGUUUCUCCUAGUCUUUACUUUCUAAGAAGGAUGUAAAU